CAUCCUCCAGAGGGAUGGGUCACUCUCUACUUCAAAAUGUUUGAGUACGGCCUCAGACUUCCCCUUCACCCUUUUGUCCAAGAAUUUCUCUUCCGGACUGGGUUGGCUCCGGCUCAAGUGGCCCCCAAUGGGUGGGGUGUCAUUUUCGCUUUGGCCAUCCUCUUUUGGCUWCGAGCUCGGGAUAGUGAGGAGGCCGAGCUGUUGGACGUAGACCAGCUCCUCGCGUGCUUCGAGGCGAAAAGGAUAGCUAAGAAGCCUGGUCGGUUCUAUAUGUGCGCAAGGAAAGGCGCAGGCGGUAUAGUUAAGGGGCCGACCUCCAUCAAGGGAUGGGUGAGGAAGUGGUUCUACGCUUCGGGGGAAUGGCUCGCAAAGGACGAGUCAGGUCGUUCCUUCUUUGACGUCCCCACUAGGUUUGGGAACCUAGUUUCAAUCCGACCAGUCCCCGAGCUUACGCAGGCCUCCUUCGAUACUCUGAAAUACUACAAGGAGCGCUUUCCGAGGGGUAGGAAGGUCGGAACCCUGGUGACUGACGAAYUGCUGCUUGAGUCCGGGCUGCUAGAUUACAACCCUGCAGUUCGUCCCAUYGAAUYCUCWAGGCCGAACUCURAACUUGCCAUGGUUUGCAGAUUUGCAAGCGGCGUGAAGCGCAAGUCUAAGGGCCGAGCCCAUGCUCUUGAGGCUGCCCAGAGUUCGAAACCUCCCACCCCUGCCGUGGUAGGGCCUGCCUCGGAAGAUCCAGCCCCGGUGAUCGAGCUGGAGUCUUCUGGGGGUCCCUCGAGGGAGAAGCGCCCCAGGGAUCAGACCGAGGCGGUGGACGCCCAGACCGAGGCGGCGGACGUCCCGCCUUUGGGCGAGGGGGCUGAUUACGCUUGUUUACAUGCGUAA